UUUAAUUUAUUCAUCAGUUUUGUCAGCCAAAUUUAUUUAUAUUAACACUUAUAAACUGACACAUCAUUGCUAAUCACACUGCACACACUUCUCAUGCAUAUAUACACACAUGUAAUUUUCCUCAUCGCUUAACCAACUGAUGCCAAAUUAAUGAUUCAUCCGAAGGAGUGAAAGACCGCUGCCUAUGGUUCACUAAAUAGAGCCCUUUGGUUUCAACCGAAGAGCCAAUUGGGACUAGUCUCAUAUAUAUUCAUCAAGAGUUGAGUCAGAUUAUGUUUUCGCUUAAAGUCAAAUAAGUGAAAUAUGUAUAAAAGAAACUGGUUAGAUUUAUAAAAGGAACUAGAUAUCUGAAAAUAUUUUCAAACUACAUAAUAGAAUAUAGUCAUUAUAUGAUAAUGAUAUUUGAAGACCUAAGUGUCCUAAUUGUAAUAGUAGUUGGAAUCUAGAAACAAGAUUUCAAUUAUUACAUUGAAUUGAAAAUACAAGGUCUUCAAAUAUAUAUCAUUAAAAAGUAAAAACCAUGAAAAUUUAAUUAUGUUCUCACUACAUAAAUCGAACUCUAAUAAACUUGCUCCAAUUAUAAUAACAUAAAAAUAAAACAAUACAUCUCCGUGUGCAAUCCGCGUAGCAAAGUUACCAUUAGCAGCAACUCUUAUUUCUUUGUUUAAUUAUUAUUACAAGACACACACUAAACCCACCAAAAUUCUUAACUUCCAAAACUGGCUAAUCAUGUGAGACUCCACAUUUGGAAUGGAAUCAUGGGUUUGGAAUUUCAUGAGCAAGUGAGGGCAGGUUAGUAUUAUCAACCUACUUGUUCCAGCCACUAUCUUAUCUACAUCAUAUACUUAUCUUAAACGUGCAUGUAUAUAUAACUCAUGCAUCCUUUGAUUCCAUCAACUAUCCAAUCUUGUAAUCAUCUUGUUGAUUAUCGACAAGUUUGAUCCAGACACAUCAAGUUUCAAAAAUGACGAAGGCAGGUGCGUUUCAACUUGGUGUUGCACCACCGGCGAAUAGAGGCAUUGCCAUACUCGACUUCUUCCUCAGGCUCAUUGCCAUUGCUGGAACAUUAGCUAGUGCUAUUGCUAUGGCUACAACCAACCAAACACUUCCGUUUUUCUCUCAAUUUAUCCGGUUUAAAGCCAAGUUCAAUGAUCUCCCUUCCUUCACGUUUUUUGUAGUGGCGAGUUCAAUAGUGUGCGCAUACCUCAUUUUUUCGCUAGCUUUCUCAAUCUUACACAUUGUGAAGUCUUAUGCGGUGAACUCUAGGGUCCUCUUGCUUUUCCUUGAUACGGCGGCUAUGGGUUUACUAAUGGCUGGUUCAGCAGCAGCAACAGCUAUAGUGCAGUUGGCACACAAUGGUAACAACAAGGUUAACUGGUUCGCGAUUUGUCAGCAGUAUAAUGACUUCUGCAAACGGGUGUCUGGAUCCUUGAUUGGGUCAUAUGCCGCAGUCGUUAUGUUGAUUAUUAUGAUCCUGCUUUCGGGUGUGGCUCUUGCUCGACGUUGAUUUCGUUCUUCCUAAUUCGUUAUUGUUUUGGUUCUUGAUCGAGUAUUUCAAAGUUUGUAUGUUCUUUUUCACUUGUGUUGGUUUGUCUUGUACAUUUCUGAUCUUUCACCCAUUGUGAUAUAUAAUUGUAAUGAAAUUUGUGCUAAUUAAUUUGAGAUUCCUUUCACA